CAUGCGUCUUAACCGUAUUAAUGAUUUCAUAAAAUAGCUGCAUAAUAUUGUAUUUUAGUUUUUGGUGACGGUUACUUAUAAAUAAUCAUGUUACGUAAAUUUUUUAAAUUAUUCUUAAAGAGAGCUAGUCCUGUCAUGUAUGCUACAACUUUUACAUAUGUAAAUCAGCCAGAAACUAAGACACCCACAGCAGAUGAUAAAUUACAGUUUGAACCUGUUGAUAUUAAAAAAUUAACACCUGAAUAUAUGAUACAGCAAUCAACAAUAGAUGCAGUUAACAGUGCAACUCAAUCAUUAACUGUUACAUAUACAACAAUAAUGAAAACUAGUAAUGAGUACAAGACAUUGUUAAGUGAAUUAAUUACCCUUUCAAGGGAAACUUUAGAAUUUAAUGUUAGUGAUACACAUUGGGACAUGAUAGUUGAACUAAGAUCAAAAGUACAAAAUAAAAAAGAAAUGUUAACUGUAAGAGAAAAUAAAAUAAAUUAUAUCAAUAUAUAACAACUAUUAAAAAUUUUUCUAAUAUAUUUUUCUAGAAGUUUCACUCUUACCCAAAGAAUAGACGAUGCUUUAAAAAAUAUCAGGGAAGAAGUUAAUCAUAUCACAGUACUUGAACAAGAAUACUGUCAUGUACAAAAAGAAUGCAUUAAAAAUUCAAAUAAAAUAGAUAACGAUAAUGUGGAUAAUAUAAAAAUAAACGAAGAACCUACUUAG